AGCUAAUUUGCCCUUAGCCCAGCAAGCCCUUCACAAAGCUUUCUCGCAACUUGACAUGGGAGCCGCAAUCGGAGCGCUUGCGGUUGAGGAGAUCCUUCUCGGAACGCUUCUCGGAACGCUUCUCGGGCUUGGCUUCAGCUUCGGCGUUGCUGCUGCGUUUGAACUUGCAAUGCAGAGCUGUUCUUGCGGCGAUGCGCCCGACAUCGUUCAGAGCGACGUUGUGAAAUUCAAGGUGACAGACAACUCCGAGAUUUCAGCAUCGUCCUUGAUGUCAGCUACGCUAUGUGGGACAGCAGUUCAAAAUCAGACGGUGCCUUACACAUUUUCCUUCCUCAUUGGCAAAGGACUGUCAGAUGGAAGGCCAAUGUAUCACGCAGGACUUUUGCUGGGUGGCAGUUUUGAUGUGAGCGGUGAGGCCUACAAGUACGCGUUUGCCGAGCGUUGGAACGGUUCGGUGUUGGUCACCUUCUCCAAGGACAAGCACCAGGUCCUGAGUCGGCUCAAGCAAAUUUGGGUGGGAGGAGUUCUUCUCGAUGACUGCAAGGAAACACCGGAGUUUGGAUCUGUGUCACCCGCACCUGACAUGGUGACAUUUGUCCAUGAAGAGCUCGCGCGAAAACUGAGCACCCGCAAUUUCAAGAGUCCCGAAGACCUGGCCAAGAAUUUGAAGUACACCAACUGUAUUGCCUUUGCAAUGCGUGCAGGGCUUCUGCUCGCAGGGUAUAGCGAAAAGCAGGACUUUGUCGACACUUGCAUGACAGCAAUCCAGGGCUGAGUGAUUUGUGCUGGCAUUCAUCAUUGCAUUCAGGGCUAGUAGCCCUAAUUAGCCUAAUAAGUUGCCGUUGAUGCAGGCAAGUGAGUCGCCAUAGGAGUCACUCAUUGCAGCAUCCGACGUGCAUUGAUUCCGAGCACGGAGUAAAAAUGAAGCAAGGACAACGUCACAGCCUCAAGGUCCUUUCGAUAGAAUCUAUUACCAUGUCCGUAAUUCAGUAUGCCCUCCCGCUCGCAGGGCCUAUAGAAGAGGUGUAGCUGUGGAUGCCUUCUUUGCAGACACAAUAAAUCAGGAUCCAGUCGCGC